CAAUUUUAUGAUUUCAAAAGAAAAGAUAAUAAUUGUCUGUUAAAAUGACGACGGUUCCUGUAUUAGCGGUGCCAAUUUCUGUCCUUCUCCGACGACCUUGUUCUCCUCUUCUAUGUCUAACAACUCAGUCUCACAACCAUCAUUUCUGCAAUCCCAUUUUCUCAAAUUCGUCAAACAAGAAAAUAACCGUAGUAGUGUUUGGUGUGAAUCCCAGUAACUCAAGACAAGAAAAUCCUCUCUUCUUGGACGAAAACAAUACGGUGGUCGAUGACAUGGAUGGUUACCUCAAUAACCUAUCACUUGAAUACGACUCUGUCUGGGACACCAAACCCUCAUGGUGUCAACCUUGGACAAUAACGCUAACAGGGGCGUCAAUUAUUGCCAUUACAUGGUUAAUUUUCCACUCUAUUAUAGUCACUUCAGCCACAUCCUUACUCAUAUGCGCGUGGUGGUACAUCUUUCUAUAUUCUUAUCCUAAGGCAUAUUCAGCGAUGAUUGCUGAGCGCAGAGAAAGGAUUACAGAUGGUGUUGAAGACACAUUUGGUUGUAUGAAGUAGCAGUGAUUUCAGUUAUUCCCCCACUCUUCACUUGUACCCAUCUUUCUUUUUGUUUGUCUCACACCUUGCCUCUACUUGUAUUUUCAUAUUUACUUUAGUUAACACAAUACUAGCUGUUAAUACCUUUAUUCACAAUAUUACUGCUGUAAUUUAGCUUGGAAAUCAUAUGGUGAAGUGUAGGUCUUUUGACAAUUAACACUUCUCUCUCACCCUAUGUAUAUUAUUAUAUCUGAUGCAGUAAAAAUCACUGCAGUCAACAAAUUCAACUGCUAGAAGAAUA